UCUUCAGGGUUUCUGUUUCUACUCCUACAAAACCCCCCCCCCCUUCCCUUAUCGUCUUCGAAACCCAAAGUUUUCAAAGAGUUUUCAGUGCAACGAUGGCGAGUAGGGUUUCGAUUUGCUUCCUCUUCGUUUUCGCUUUCUCUCUCCUUUUGCUGUUUCCUUCUCAGAUCUCGGCUGAUGAAUCGGAGUCCAAGGAAUUCGUGCUCACAUUGGAUCACUCCAAUUUCUCCGACACUGUCAGCAAGCACAAUUUCAUCGUCGUCGAGUUCUACGCACCUUGGUGUGGCCACUGUAAGAAGCUUGCUCCGGAGUUUGAAAAGGCUGCUUCUAUCUUGAGUAGUCAUGAUCCUCCGGUUGUUUUGGCUAAAAUUGAUGCCAAUGAUGAGAAGAACAGAGACCUUACAUCACAAUAUGAAGUUAGAGGAUACCCGACCCUUAAGAUUAUGAGAAAUGGGGGAAAGAAUGUUCAAGAAUACAAAGGUCCCCGUGAAGCAGAUGGCAUUGUUGACUAUUUGAAGAAACAAAGUGGUCCUGCUUCAUCUGAAAUUAAAUCUGCUGAUGAUGCUGCUGCUCUUAUUGGUGUAAAUAAAGUUGCUAUUGUUGGAGUUUUUCCUAAAUUUUCUGGGGAGGAGUUUAAUAACUUUACCGCCUUAGCAGAGAAGUUCCGUGCUGAUUAUGACUUUGGUCACACUCUGGAUGCCAAACACCUUCCAAGAGGAGAAUCAUCAGUGACUGGGCCCUUGGUUAGGUUAUUCAAGCCAUUUGACGAACUUUUUGUUGAUUUCCAGAUUUUCCAUGUGGAUGCUCUGGAGAAAUUUGUUGAAGAAUCUAGCGUCCCUGUUGUAACUUUCUUCAACAAUGAUCCAAGCAAUCACCCUUUUGUUGUCAAAUUCUUCAACAGCCCCCUUGCAAAGGCAAUGUUGUUUAUCAACUUCACUGCUGAAGGUGCUGAAUCUUUCAAAUCAAAGUAUCAUGAAGCUGCUGAGCAAUUUAGACAACAUGGCGUAAACUUUCUCCUGGGAGAUGUUGAGGCUAGUCAAGGUGCUUUCCAGUAUUUUGGACUGAAGGAAGAACAAGUACCUCUAAUUAUCAUACAACAUAACGAUGGGAAGAAAUUUUUUAAACCCAAUUUGGAACCUGAAAACAUUUCAACUUGGUUGAAGGCAUACAAGGAUGGAAAUAUUGCACCAUAUGUGAAGUCUGAACCUAUUCCCGAAACCAACAAUGAACCUGUUAAAGUGGUAGUUGGGGACAAUCUGCAGGAGAUUGUUUUCAACUCUGGGAAAAAUGUUUUGCUGGAGUUUUAUGCUCCUUGGUGUGGUCAUUGCAAACAGUUGGCUCCAAUAUUGGAGGAAGUUGCUGUCUCAUAUCAAAGUGAUGCUGAUGUUGUUAUUGCAAAACUGGAUGCGACUGCCAAUGAUAUCCCAAGUGAAACCUUUGAUGUCCAAGGUUAUCCAACUCUGUACUUCAGGUCAGCAAGUGGAAAGCUAUCACAAUAUGAUGGUAACAGGACCAAGGAAGACAUUAUAGAAUUCAUUGAAAAGAACCGGGAUAAACCUGCUCAACAAGAACAAGGAAAAGAUGAGCAAGAAAAAGGAAAGGAUGAGCUUUGAGUGGUAAGGUCUGAAAGGAGUUUCCUCUCCGAGGAUUUAGACAAACUAAGUUACAUGUGGGGUGUACAACUCUUUGUAUCUCAGAAUCAACAAUUAGUGAAUCUUAGUGCCGAUCUAUCCUCAUUUACCUACCUUUAAUCUUAUCGGGUUCCUUUUAUGUAUGUUUUACUGAAUAAAAUGGGAGUUUUUGUUUAGCGGGUUAGAGUUUAGUACUGGAGAAAUUCUGGCUGUAAAAAACCGUGGAUCCGGGUUAAAUUAAUAGAUGAUGCUUCUAGAUCAAUAGGUUCCAGUAUCUCUAUAUAUCCUAUAACUCUUAUUAUAGUUCCCAAAAAUAAGAAUGUUUCAAUUGGUGGUUAGAUAAAUCAAUUAAACAAUGCAUAUGGUUCAGAGGCGUUGCUUAAUAAUAGUUGCUUCAUAUUUCUC